AGCCUUCUCCAAACAUAGGUUUUCAUUCAGUGAUGUCGCGUAUUGGUGUGGUGAACCUGUAACGAUCAAGACAGGCAGAAGUCGGCCUUUUUUAAUUAUUUGAUUCAUUCUUUUAUUUCUUCAGUUAUUUUAUCUUUUUUUACUUUGGUCUAAUAGGCUACCUGAAAGGGACCCUUGUUGUGUAUUUUUGUUUUAAUGAAUCUUUAAGAUAAUCGUUUUAGCCUACAUGAUUUUGUGUGUUCAUUUUUUUUUAGGUUCACAAGUUUAAGAUAAGAAAACAGGCUACGGAAUUCGCCUUUGUUUUUUUAACUGUCAAGCGAUAUCUUGAUUCACUAGGCUAUUAUAAGACGUUAUUUGGCUGUGGACGUCCUUAACUUUCAUUUAUAUAUACGACGUCAACUCCAAACUAACAUGGCAGUCAGACUGUGCGAUGUGACCUCUCUACUUAGAAGUGGUUCCUGGGCAGCAGAGCCUUGGACUGGGGUGAUUGCCGCGAUGGAAGCACAGCUGUCCAACGGGCCGACCUGUAACAACACGAGCAACGGCCCUGCCACGCUCUCGAACAACUGCUCGUCCCCGGUGGAGUCGGGCAGCAUAGAGGACAGUAAAACAAACCUGAUAGUCAACUACCUGCCGCAGAAUAUGACCCAGGAGGAGCUCAAGAGUUUGUUUGGCAGCAUCGGCGAAAUCGAGUCCUGCAAACUUGUACGAGACAAAAUAACAGCUUUAGGACAGAGUCUGGGCUACGGGUUCGUGAACUACGCUGAGCCAAAGGACGCAGAGAAAGCCAUCAACACUUUAAAUGGACUCCGACUCCAGACCAAGACCAUCAAGGUGUCGUACGCGCGCCCCAGCUCGGCCUCUAUCCGCGAUGCCAACCUGUACGUGAGCGGGCUGCCCAAGACCAUGACCCAGAAGGAGCUGGAGCAGCUCUUCUCCCAGUACGGGCGCAUCAUCACCUCGCGCAUCCUCGUCGACCAGGUCACAGGGGUGUCCAGGGGGGUCGGCUUCAUCCGUUUCGACCGCCGGGUGGAGGCCGAGGAGGCCAUCAAGGGGCUGAACGGGCAGAAGCCACCCGGAGCCUCGGAGCCGAUCACGGUGAAGUUCGCCAACAACCCCAGCCAGAAGACCAGCCAGGCGCUGCUGUCGCAGCUCUACCAGUCGCCCAAUCGAAGGUACCCGGGACCCCUCGCUCAGCAAGCGCAGCGCUUCAGGUUGGACAAUCUGCUAAACAUGGCCUAUGGAGUAAAAAGUAGAUUCUCCCCCAUGGCUAUCGAGGGCGUGUCUAGCCUAGCGGGCAUCAACCUCCCGGGGCACGCUGGCACAGGCUGGUGCAUCUUCGUGUACAACCUGGCGCCAGACGCGGACGAGAGCAUCCUGUGGCAGAUGUUUGGGCCGUUCGGCGCCGUGACCAACGUCAAGGUGAUUCGCGACUUCAGCACCAACAAGUGCAAAGGCUUCGGCUUCGUCACCAUGACCAACUACGACGAGGCCGCCAUGGCGAUCGCCAGUCUGAAUGGGUAUCGCCUGGGCGACCGGGUCUUGCAGGUCUCCUUCAAGACCAACAAAACGCACAAGGCUUAAACGUUCUCGUCUCGCGAUCAUUUCUUAAGAAAAAAACUUCCCAAGCCCUCCCAUCCCUGUGGCAUGGGUGUGGGUAUGGGAUGGGGAACGGGGGAGUGUUGCGGUAUCCUUUCUACAUUAGUAUAUAAAAGAAAAUAUAAAAAAGAAACAAAAUUACAUUUCUAAAUCAGUGUUACAAAAAACGAUCCAGUAUUCAGCGUCCAGCAAUGUGGUCUUUUUUGUUUUUGUUUGUUUGUUUUUUCAGUUGGUUUGUUUUUUAGUGUUCUUUUUGUUUUUCCCCUUCAUUGCUUAAUCUUCAAAACGUCAAAAUGAAACCUGUAUGGAGAACUUGUGUUUUUUUGUUAAGUAGACGUGCAAAUUUUGAGUUAUGUUGAAUAAAGAAGCAUUGUCUAAAAAAAAGUAACAAUGAGGUGUUUUUGCAUCUUGCGGUUUUGUUGCACAUCAGCUUCUGGUUCUGUGUAGAUUUUUGCCUUUUUUAUGUUCUGCGUUGCCUUAGGUGUGUUUACAGUUAAAGUGCUAAAAGUAUUUAUUUUCAUUGCAUUGUUUUAUUUUGUUCAUUUUGUAUUGUUGAUUGGCUGCGUAAUGUUGCUUAAUGUAAAAUGAAUGGAAAGAAAAAGACAAAAAAAACAACUCUUAAAGCAGUACCUUGCCAAAGAGCUAAGAACCUCUUUGAUGUGGGUUUAAGAGCAUCUAUUUUUAUAAACAGAAACAUUUGGAAAAACUUUUUACAGGACCUGGAACAAAUAUUUUGACUUGGAUACUUUGAGAAAUAUCUUCAUAUGACACCUCGUGAGCUUUUGAUCUUUACCAGAGAGUUUGCAGAGGUUGAAAUUUCUGGGAAGAUUUAUGAUGUAAAAGAUACCUUUUGAGAUCUUUGUAUUAAUAUCUUUAGAUUCUAGAAUCAAUGGCAGUGUUUCAUUUAUUUAAAAAAAAAGAAAAAAAAAUCGUCUGUGGGUUGCCCAAUCAUUCCUGAUUGUCGUGACUAGCAACCCGUGUUCAGAUUAGAUUUUUCUUUUCCUCUGAAACACAGAAGGUAAAAUACAAAGGUUUAUUCCACUUUAGAAGAAAAAAAAAAACUUGCAUGCAAAAUUCUGUCCUUGGAAUUCAUUCAAAAGGUUUUGGGGUUUGGUGGGGUUUAACCAAUCAGAUCUUCCCUCGGCACCUCGCGUCAGGCAAAAGCUCAUGGUGUUUUUGGUGGUGUACUUAUUGUCAAAGACGCUUUGUCUUUAAAGAGAAAAAAAAGUUAAAAAAAGUAAAGAAAGAGAGGAGAUAAAGUAAAAUCAAGGGAUUGACAUGCUUUGUGUGAAGGCUGAAAUUAAACUUAGCCGACAAAAGCAGCAGCUUCAAGAAUAGGUAAGGAAAAACAAACAAAAAUUUAGUUUGAAUGAGGCUCUGUAUGAGAGGCAUCUGUUCCUUCCUGCAGAGUUAUAUGUACAUAAGUACUUUUUCAUGUUGAGUGAGUUUAUUUGGUUCUUUUUUUUUUUCCUUUGGACUUGCGAAGUGCUUUUUAUUUCCUUUUAUAAGAGUAAGUAUGGUAUACUUUAAAAAAAAGAAAUACUUGAUUUAUUUUGUUUUCAUAUCGACUAGCAUUAAGUGUAUCAGAUUUGUUGGUUGUUUGGUCUGUAGAUAGUCUUGCUUAUGCUACUAAAACAAAAUUAUAGGCAUUUAAGUUGGUCUGAGUUGACUUGAUAUUUUGUUAGUUUUUUUUUUCUUUUUUUAUAUCUAUAUAAAUAUACAUCAUAAAUAUAUAUUUAUGUGGUAAAGAUUGAAUAUAAGCCACAGUUUUGAACUACUUGAUUACUCUUUUUUGUUUCCAUAUUCAUGUAUACAUAAUGCAUAUAACCUGUUUUAAAAAAAGAAAAAUCGUAAAAAAGGUGUAUAUUGCUUAAUUUAUGACCAGGGGGAGUUUUGACGAGGCAGUUCCGCGGCCAUAGUGACUAUAAAAAAAAGGAUUUCCGAUUUUUAAAGGGGGAGAAAAAUAAAUAAUCCUGAACGUCUUGCCUCUCUUCACUCUCAUGCAAAGGAAGGCAUGCUGAGCCUUAGAUGCACUGAUGACUGUAUUGCAUCCAGCUUUGUAUUUAUAACUGAUUAAUAUUCAUGCUUCCUUCCCCUUAUUACAAGCAGUGUGCUAUGCAUUAUAUAUUUAUCUUUGCGACUGCAACUUUUUUUUUAUUAUUAUUUACUUGUUUACUUUUUUGUUUUGUUUUUUUGUUUUUUCCCGAGUUGGUUUAUUCUUGGUUGAUUGUUGGAAGUGUAGAGGUCUAACAUGAGUCUAAAUGAGCUGUGAGAUACUUGCUGCUGUGGGACUUGGGAGCCUCUGUUUUCAUGCCUGUCCACCCCCACACACACACUUCUUUUUUUUUUUUUCUUUUUUUCCCCUUUCACCCCCCUCUCUUUGCUCCUCUACUGAAGUUGUUGAGGAGAUA